AUGAAUCUAAAGACAGGAAACUCCUCAAAUGGCUUCACACCAGAGAUCAGUUUGGAUAAACUACACCGGAUGGCUGCAGAGCUGAUACUGCCUGGACGAUCCAUCUUGAGGCUCUUGAACACUGUUCUGGAGUUUGUUACAAACUUUCUGGCCCGAGUUUUAGGAAGCAGCCUGAUCAGAAGACACUUCCACCUGCUGCUGUCUGGGUUGGUCCUCUUUGGGCCUGUGCUCAGCUUCUGGGCAUCAAAGUAUAGCAUCUUUGCAAACAGCAACCACUACCUGUACAGGAAGUUCCUGAGGUCCACUUGGGGUUGGACCUGCAUCUUUACGGGCGCUUUCAUCACCCUUCUCUCCCUCUCAGUCCGUCACUCCCCCUCUCUUUCCCUCCGCCACCUCUCUCGAGUAGGCCUCGCGGGUUUGCUCUGGUGGGGUUGUCAGCGCCUCCUGACCCUGCUGGAGGAUGCAGCGGGGACCUGUUACGAGCCCAUGACCCCAGGCCAGGACGGCCAGAGCCCGGCCUCCCCAGUACAGCCUCUGCUGCUCCUGCAUGAAGACCAGAACAAGGCCUCCUGCCUGAAAGCCCACAUGCUGUGGCGAGGCUACGAAGUCUCCCAGGACGUCCUCAUCCUCUGCUUCUGCUGUCUGCUGCUUGUCGAGGAAAUGUGUGUCUUUGGUCAUCACUUGGAGCGACAGAAGCCUCUGCAGAGGUCACCCGGGACCCCGCUGAGAGUCGUCUUCCUCCUGUGUGUUCUUCUCCUCCUUGUUUGGAUGUUUCUGCUGCUGUGUUUGCUUGCAUACUUCCCAAAGUUUCCCUCCCAGCAGCUGGGUGGAGCUCUGGGCUACUUGGGGUGGAGAGGACUCUAUCAGGGGUUGUACAGGCUCGGAUCGAGAUGGGGUUGUCCUGGUUUACCCAGAGAGGGACUUUCUACCACGGUGCACACCAACAAACAGCCUUAGUAGUGUCACACGCUUAAUGAAAAUGGUUAGAUUUUGG